AUGCCAAAUGCAGCACGGCCAGAGGAAGAUCCACAUGAUGAUGAUCCACAGCAGCCUCAACAGCAGGGAAGGGUCCCAAACUAUGAAGCGUCAUUCGUUAAUCGCAAGGGCUACCACAGCCUAAACAUCCAGGCAGUCUCUGACCACACUGGAAAGUUCACAAACAUAGUGGCAAAGUGGCCUGGAGCUACCCAUGACAGCUACAUUUUCCGUAACUCAGCCCUCUCCGUCCACAUGGAAGCGAAUAACCCAAGAGGAGAGGACGGUAUGAUGUUAGGAGAUAGUGGCUAUCCUUGCAGGCCAUUCCUCAUCACCCCCUACCCCAACCCUACAACACCUCGUGAGCAGCACUUUAACAAGUCCCUCUGUGGCACAAGAGUUCGCAUUGAACAUGCCUUUGGUGUCCUCAAACGGCGAUUCCAUGUGUUGCAUGGCGAAGUUCGCAUGCAACCUGAACGUGUGGUAAAGAUUGUGUCGGCGUGCACAGUGUUGCACAAUAUUGCAGUCAUGAGGGGAGAACGGGAGCCCCCAGAGGACGAGAGUGACAACAGUGAUCUUGAGAAUAACGACAUUGAUAGCGACAGUGAUAGUGAUGGUGGAGACGAUUAUGAUGGGCCAGAAAAUGGACGACCUUACAGGGAUUACCUGGCAACCAAAUACUUCUAA